AUGUUCAGCAAAAUCUUAGCUUUCGGCGCUUUUCUCGCGGCGGCCAACGCUGGUCUGUUACACGGACUUGGCCAUGCCGUUUCCUCCCAAAGCAUCAUCCGGCACGAUGAAGGCCACUACGCCUCUCCCGUUGGUCAUGCUGCUCCAGCACUAGCUUACGCUGGCCCAGCUGGUCACUAUGGUGGUCAUCAUGAAUAUGCACACCCUAAAUACGACUUCGCGUACUCUGUGGCUGACCCCCACACUGGCGACCACAAGUCGCAGCAUGAGAGCCGCGACGGAGAUGCCGUUCAUGGGUACUACUCUCUGCUGCAACCUGACGGCUCUGUCCGCAAGGUCGAAUACACUGCUGAUGACCACAGCGGUUUCAACGCUGUCGUGCACAACUCCGCCCCAUUUGUGCAUCCGGCACCUGCCCCAGCCUACCAUCAUUAG